CUCGUCCAUCACAUUUCGGAGACUAGAAACAAUCACAUAUCAAGAUGUUUUCCGAGCAUGAGUUCUCGUCGGCCUCCCUUCUGAUGCUAGUUGCCAUGGUGCAGCUGGUGAGGAUCGCAGCUGCAGCUGGUGGUGCCGCCACUGCCGCCGCUGCCGGUGCCGGAGAACCCACCCUGGAGUUGUACAUGCAUGACAUCCUGGGUGGUAGCAGUCCCACAGCUAGGCCAAUAACUGGCUUACUAGGAAACAUCUACAGUGGUCAAGUGCCCUUUGCUAGGCCAGUAGGAUUCAUUCCACCCAAGAAUGGUGUCCCAAUCCCAAAUGCCAAUGGUGCAAUACCAACUGUGAAUGUCAAUGGUGUCCCUCUAGGCACUGGUCUGGCUGGCACAACCUUUUCUGCAAAUGGUCAAGCCAUCAAUGGUCAGAACGGGGCCCAACUGGGACCAGAUGGUCUGGGACUGGGCUUUGGGACAAUAACAGUAAUUGAUGACAUCCUCACAUCUGGGCCUGAAUUGGGCUCACAGUCAAUUGGAAAAGCCCAGGGAGUGUAUGUAGCAAGCUCUGCUGAUGGAACCACACAAAUGAUGGCAUUCACAGCCAUGCUAGAGGGUGGGGAAUAUGGUGAUACUGUUAAUCUCUUUGGGGUUUACAAGGUUCAAAGUGCCAUGUCUCGUUUAUCGGUGACUGGCGGGACUGGAAAGUUCAAGAAUGCCUGCGGAUUUGCCGAGGUCCGGUCGCUAGUCCCGUCCGGUCAGAGUGUCACUGGUGGAGCAGAGACAUUGCUCAGAAUCACAGUCCAUCUCACCUACUGAAUCUGCUCCUGGAGAUGGAAAAGCACAUGUGGGUGUUUGUUUGUUUUGUCUGGAAAUGAAUGUGAGAUGAUCAAAUGGUUUCUUUAAUCUUGUGAUUGUUGAGUGAAGUAACAUUUAAAAGUGUAUCAGCUGUUGUAAUUGUAAUCCUGUCUAGAAACAUAUUGAAGUGAUUUCUCUUGAUCAAACUGUGGUAUGUUAUUCUCA